AUGAGGAAUCGCAUCUACAACGAGUACCAGAAGCGCAAAAUCCGUGAAUGGAGCUCUGCUGGCUAUCAUGUUCGCAGCGCAAGGGAUCGCGCCGGCCAAGGCGUACUUCUCGGAAAGGAAGACGAGAACAUAGCUGUUGAUCCUGAAGCACUUGAGCAGUUGGCGAAGGAACCAGUGAUUCUAAAGAUGGAUCGUUCUGGUCGAGCCAUCAAGCCAGGUGAGAAAGUAGAAGGGUUGAUGCCUUGGUCCUACAAGACUUAUCGUGGCCUUCACUCCGCACAGGCGCCUGAAGGCCUGGAAGACUUCAUCGGUAGAUAUGGCAAAAUGGACAAGAGCGUCGAGAGCAUCCUCGGCCCGCAAGCUUUGAAUGAGUUCAAGUCGAACAUGGCUGUGUUUCAGGGCAAGGACGAGUACCGCGUGAUCCGAACCCUGACGUGGCCAGGAGGCGCUGCUACUGGUGGCGGACCAACAAGCAUCAUGUUGAUUGGCGUCCUGGACAUUUCGACUCGGAGCUCCCGCCUGGCAAGCCGUGCCGUUUACGAGGUUGAACCCUCAGCAAUGCUUGUGGAGCUUUGCCGAGAGAGGAUUGGCCAGCAGCUGAUCAUGCCCCGAGAGCACAAAGAGGCUGUCAAGAACUAUGCCCGUGGAUUUGCGACAACCAAUCCUCAUCGCCUUCACGGUGAGCAGCACCACAUUGAUACCAUCCAUGGAGACAGCGAGGCACUUAAUCGUUGGACGAAGGGAGAACCUUACGCCGAGGCCGUGAAAGAGUUUGUGUCCCAACCAGUUGGUUCGUUACCGAAGCUGCUUUGCCUCGGAGAUGUGCGGAGCUCUACCAUGGAGCGUAUCCAGAAAGAGCAGGGCAACGAAACGCGCGUGAAGGACCUGACGCAUUCUCCGCGUGCGAAGCAAUUGGCGCGCGGCAUCAUUUCAAUGGCCACAUCUGGGCACAAGGUGAUCCUGGCCAUAAUGGACACGGAUCGCUUGGGUCCCGUCACGACUUGGUUGGAGCGGGCCGGAGCCGUGCUACUGGCGGCAGCUGACGCGUCAGAUAUUGAGAACAACCGAGAAAGCUUGGCCGCUGACAUUCGAAUGGGCUUGGAAGAACGAAAGGCUGGCUCCCCACAGGAAGCCCAGCUUCGGGCAUCGAAGGUUGCCGCACAAGCGCGGCAUGCUUUGGAGUUAGAUGGUCGAGGUCCCUUGGGCUUCUUCUUGAAUGAUGAGGCGCUCGAUUUCCUCACCGGCAGGCAGCAGCGCUUGCUGCAAAUGACUCGUUUGAAGGACCUUGUCCACCACACGAAGCCCAGGAAGCACUGGGAGAUUGCCGAAGAGCUCUGGGUUGUGCGCCCUGGCGAGCGCAUACCUGGCCCAGAGACACGCCUCCAAGGCCAGAAGCCGUUAGGCUUGCGCUUCGAGUAUGAUCGGCUGGAAAUCCCAGACCAUUAUCUUCGAGAAGCAGGCAUGGAAAAACACGCGGACGACCUGUGGCGCCGCCUCAUAGACCAGGGCCAGGCCCUGGAGCCCACAGAUCCCACGGAGCUAUCUUGGUGGUCAUCAGGGGCAAUCGAGGCGGAGAUACGCCAGAACGUCCUCGCGUCUUGGCCGGAAGAGUAG